AUGGUGCAUCAAUUAUUUCUUGUUUCGUCUAUUCCCCAUGCUAAUUAUUUGCAAGCAGUGGCUACACUACAAGCAAUAACUGGUCAGCUCGAGCCUCAAGAAAUCUCGACAUACACUCUAAUAACUAAACCAAACCAUGUUUUCAAGCCACAAGUGAAGGCAGGAAAGAUAAAUCAGAUUGAGCAGCAUUACAUGAAAUGUAUCACCACAUGGCAAGAUUACCCCUUUGACAUUUCUCUCCCAGUUAUUGAAAGCAAAUUAGAUGGAAAGAGCGAGAUAACAGCAAAAAAAUUGUUUGUCGAAGAGGAAGUAGUAGAAGAAGAAGAAGAUGAUGAUGCAGAGAAGAAGAGACAAAGAGAAAGAGGUGAAUUCUUUACAGCACUGGGAUACAAAAAUGGUGAACAAAGCCAGUUUGGAAGAGAAAAAGUGUGGACUUUGCAAAUUGGAGAUAUUCCAAUUGCGGGGAAGAACCAAGUAUGCCUGCAGCAAACUAUAUAUUCGAGUACAUUAGUGCAUACACAUGUUGCCGUUCCACCAAAAACUGCUAGCAUCGAUGGUGCAGAAGCCAUACAGCAAGCUGGUCAGGAACUGGGUAUAGAAUCAAAACAGGAAUUGAAACCUAUACUGGGGCUGAAUGAGAGUACAAUCAAAGAGGAAAAAAUGGCCGAAUCGAAUAAAGACUUGAACACAGACGGCUCAGAUUCAAUGGAUAUUGACAUUGUUGAGCAAAAAAUUAAAGCAGAGUCCGUGCCACCAAAGCCUCGCCGAAGAAAUGAUUCAUUCUUGGUUUUUUUAAAUGACCUUGGCUACUCCGUUAUUAACCAAUAUUGGGUCAAGGGUGUAAGGUUCUUCUAUGGGGAUAUAGUUAUUGAACUAUUCAAGCUUUUCAUUAGAGAUGACCACGCUCCAAAGGACAAUCUGGAUGGAAUCAAGUUGAAAUUACUAGACGAGUCAAACACUUUCCAGAUCAAAUGCUACAUAAAUGUCUCAAAGUCUACAGACAUCGACCAAAUCAAUCAAGGUGUCAAAGAUUUGGCUCAUUUGAAAGAUUUUUUAAAAGGUCUUUUUGUGUUGGAGAUCCCUGACCGUAUGUAUUUAGACUCGAGGGUAUCAAACCCUAUUAAAUAA